AUGUUACCCAUAGCAUCACUUGCUUCAUCACAGAUUUCAUCGUCGAUGGUAAAAGAGCCAACACUGUUCGAUCAGGUAUACGGUGGCGCCCGACGCCGUCCAGCCAUGAUUAGUUUAAAUGUUCAAUGGGUGCCUGUUAAUGAUCGUUCUGGUGCUUAUCAAUGGAACGGAAGUGAUGCUAAUAAUCGAAAAGAAAAAACAGUCACUUUUUUUGGUACUGGUGAAAUGCGAGGAAAGCAACGUGCUAAAGCUAUUACACCACCAAGUUCUGACUAUACCGAUGCAUAUUUAUCUGCCAUUGCUUCUAAACCGAUUCCAACUAGACAUGUAAAUCGUAUAAGUACUGCUGUAUUUGCUAAUGCUGCACCAAUUCCACUCAAACCAACAAGUCCCCCAUUAUCUUCAAAACAGUCAAUUAAAACGAGCGAAACUCGUUUUACCAAUAUUAAUAAUAUUCAGACAUCAAGUCCAGCAGAAAAACUUAUCCCACCUUCGUCUAGUCGAAGCUCUCCUUACUCUUCAAGUCCAGCAGAAAAACUUAUCCCACCUUCGUCAAGUCGAAGCUCUACUUACUCUUCAAGUGCUACUUCAGACCGAUCGACACCAUACGAACCACUUUCAACUACACAAUAUUCCUCACCUCAAUCACAAACAUUUACAUCUAGUUAUUCAACACUAAUACGUAGUUCACCAUCGACGCUUACGACUACACCAACUCCAAGUGUCGAUAGUCAACGAUCUUAUACAACAUUUACAUCUCGUUCUCAACCACGACUAUCGACAUUACCGAGUGUUUCUCGAUAUGAAACAUCCUACAACAGUAUAUACAAACCGUUGCCUGCGUAUUCAUUUCAAUCGUAUCCACCAUCAAAUACUCAUACAACAUCAUUAUCGUCAUCAUCGACCGAAUCAACAUUCAAACCUUCAGCUCCAUUGCGAUCAUCUUCAUCAUUAUCUACUUACAAUAUUAAUCAAAGUAGUAUUAGUGAACCUACUAUUCGACCAACUUCAACAAUAGAAAAACAAUUUGAUCGCCCUGAAACACUUUUAUUUCAACAUGAUGAAGAUAUGCGACCAUCGAAACUGGAAAAACCAUCACCAGUUUUGAGUUCACCGAUGUCAUCUUAUGCUACUCGUGAAGAACUGAAAAUUGAACCGGAACGUUUACGUAUGGAGCAAUUAUCAGGAUAUUCUUCAGAACCUAUUCGAAUUCUUGAAAAUACUAUAGAUAAAUACGAUUCAUUAAUCAAUCAAAUUUCAGAAGUUCUCGCUAGUGUAUCACCAUUGAGUUCUACUUUCAGUAGCAUGAGUCCAGGAAAAAGUGUACUCGACUAUCAACUUUCUUCGGACAGUUCGCCCGUCCUGCCAACAAAAGCAAUUCAACCUGAAUUAUCACAACAAUCAAUGACUGUAACCAUGGAAACUAGUAAUACAGAGCAAACAAAACCGGCUCAUCUUAUUCGUGGAGAUUCAUAUGAAAACGUUGCCACUUUUACGUCGGAUAUUAAUAAAAACAUUAGUUUAUUUUCUGAUAUUCAAAUCCCGACAGUUACUACUACAGAAGAAACAGAAGAGCAGCGAACUCUUUCGUCUAAUGAAUUUCCAGUACAAACCUUAGUUGAACAAGAAACAUUAAAAUCAACCAUUGAACAACAAUAUGAAUCUCAAUCGAAGUUAGGAACUGCUCUAGAAAACAAAGAACAUGAAACUUCAUUUAUAAAUAAAGAAGAAAAGAAAGAUAUCGAGAGUUUACUAUCCAAUGAACAGGAACUUUCACCAGUGAUUGAAGAAGAAACCGAAGUAACAAAAUCUUUGACAAUGAAACAAACUAAACCUGUAACUACAGAUCAAAGCUCUUAUGCAACAGUAGAUGAGAAGAGUGCAGAAACAAUAGCUGCAAUGACAGGCGAUCAAGUAGAAACAUCGACUGCUGAAGAGCUAAAAGUAGAAGUACAGCCUGAUGUUACAGACGAGCAACAAAUAAACUUGGUAGCUGAAGAACCAAAACAAGAAAUACACAGUUCAUCAGACGGGCAACAACAGACUCAUGAAAUAACCACAACAACUGUCACUACUGAAGAACAUCAGAUUUUAUCAACAUCAAUUAAACACAAAGAAGAUGAAACAAAAUUGUCAUCAGCAGAUGAACAGCAAGUUUCUUCGAUACCUGAAAAAGAAACAAAACUUGAAUCAGUAAUAGAAGCUCGACCUGUGCUGAUUUCAACAGAGCAAAACGAAGAUGAAGUCAAGAUUAUAGCGAACGAAGAACAACAAGAGGACGAAAAUAAAAAAACAAUAAUCAUUGCUGAAGAACAAGUUAUAUUAUCAACUCCAGAAGAUAAAGAAGCAGCACAGAUAACCUCGCCGGCGGAUGAACAACAUACUUCUUCGAUACCUGAAACAGAAACAAAAGUCGAAAGAACAGUAGAGUCUCAGCCUGUAUCCAUUUCAACGGAAGAGAAGACAGAUGAAACCAACAUUAUAGCGACAGAAAAGCAGCAAGUUUCAUUGGUAGCGGAAGAACACGAGGUGGAUAAAACAAAAACAGUAGUAGAAACUCAAUCUGUGCCGAUUGCAACAGAACAAAACGAGGAUGAAGCCAAAAUCGCAUCCAUCGAAGAACAAGUUUCGCCAGUAAUUGAUACACAAAAAGAAGAAGAAACAAAAGUUGAAUCAUUUGUAGAACCUGGACUUGAGCUUGUUCUGACAGAACAAAAGGAAGAUGAAGGCAAGGUUGUAUCCACUGGAGAACAACUUUCAUCAGUAACAGGUGCACAAAAGGAAGAAGAAGAAACAAAGACUGCAUCUGUAGAUAACCAGCAAAUUCCAGCAGCGACGGAAGAGCAGCAAGUAGAAAAAACAAACACAGUAACCAUUAAUGAACAACAAGAUAUAUUGUCAACACAAGCAGAUAAUGAUGUAACAGCGAUUAUAUCCUCAAUAACAGCAACAGAAACAAAACUCGAAUCAGUCGUAGAACCUGCGCCUGUGCUAGUUUCGACGGAACACAAUGCCGAUGACACCAAGAUUGUAUCGACAGAAGAACAACAAACUUUGUCAGUAACAGAAACACAAAAAGACGAAGAAACAAAGACAGCUUCUGCAGACGAGCAACAAGUUCCACCGGCAAUAGAAGAGCAGGAGGCGGAAAAAACAAAAGCAGUAGCCAUUGAUGAACAAAAAGCUGCUGUAAUAAUUGAAACAGAAGUCGAACCAGUGUUAGAACUUCAACCUGUGCCAAUCUCAACAGAACCAAAUGAAGAUGAAGCUAAGAUCGUAUCCAUCGAAGAACAAGUUUCUCCAGCAACAGAUGUACAAAAGGAAGAAGAAACAAAAGUCGAGUCAGUCCUAGAACUUCAGUCUGAGCCAAUAUCACCAGAACAGAAGGGUGAUGAAGCCAAAAUCGUAUCCAUCGAAGAACAAGUUUCGCCGAUAACAGAUGUACAAAAAGAAGAGGAAACAAGAGUAGAACCUGAGCCCGUUUCAACAGAACAGAAGGGUGAUGAAACCAAGAUCGUGUCCACCGAAGAACAACUUUCAUCAGUAACAGCUCCACAAAACGAAGAAGAACCAAAAGCUGAAACACUAGUAGAACCUGAGCCCGUUUCAACAGAACAGAAGGACGAUGAAGCCAAGAUCGUAUUCACCGAAGGACAAGUUUCGCCAGUAAUUGAUGCACAAAAAGAGGAAGAAACAAAAGUCGAAUCAUUUGUAGAACCUGAACUUGUGCUUGUUCCGACAGAACAAAAGGAAGGUGAAGGCAAGGUUGCAUCCACUGGAGAACAACUUUCAUCAGUAACAGGUACACAAAAGGAAGAAGAAACAAAAGUCGAGUCAGUCCUAGAAUUUCAGCCUGAGCCAAUAUCAACGGAACAAAAUGAAGAUCAAACCAAAAUCGUAUCCACCGAAGAACAAAUUUCGCCAGUAACAGAUGUACAAAAAGAAGAAGAAACAAAAGCUGAAACGCGAGUAGAACCUGAGCCCGUUUCAACAGAACAGAAGGACGAUGAAGCCAAGAUCGUGUCCACUGAAGGACAAGUUUCGCCAGUAAUUGAUACACAAAAAGAAGACGAAACAAAAGUCGAACCAGUGCUAGAACUUCAGGCUGUGGCAAUAUCAGCGGAACGAAAUGAAGAUGAAGCCAAAAUCAUAUCCAUCGAAGAACAACAAGCUUCGCCAUUGGUAGACUCACAAAAGAAAGAAGAAGACACGAAGAUGGCAUCAGUAAAUGAGCAACAAGUUUCACAAGUGACUGAAGAACAGGAGGCAGAUAAAACAAAAAUAGUGGACAUCGAUGAACAACAAGACGUAUCAGCAAUACCAGAAGAAGAACAAGCUAAAUCAGUGGCUUCUUCAAUAGAUGAACAGCAUGCUGUAUUUACAACAGAAACUGAGAAAGGAGAAGAAACAAAAAUGUUAUUUACAGAUGAGCAAGAAACGAUAUCAGCUAGUGGAGAAGAUACACAAGAACUGAAGACUUUAACAGAAUAUGCAGAAGAACUUUCAUCACUUGUAGUAAAAGAAGUCAACACAUUGAACGUAGUAUCAAUAGAAGAACAUCAAGUUUCAUCGACUUUAACAGAUGAGAAGCAGAACGAAGAAAAUGCUUUAUCUACAAUUCAACAAGAAACUCCAUUAUUACGUGCAGAAGAGGAGAUAGAAGAAAAAGAAGAAGUUGAAUCGAAAACUUUAUCUAACGAAGUACAACAAGUUCAGUCAGUAAAUGAAGAUGAGAAAAGAGAAGAAGCAACGAACGCAUCAGUUGAUGAACAUUCAACUAUAGCAUUAGCUGAAGAGAAGAUAGCAGAAGAAUUUCAAAUUGCAUCAUCGACUGAAAUUGAAAAUGUUCAAGCUAGCAGUGCGUCUUCAGAAGAACAACAAACUCAGGUAGUGACGGAUGAUGAAACAAAAGUCUCCAUCGCAAACACAGAACGAGAACCAUUAGUGUCCGAAGAACAGUCGCUUAUGUCAAUUACACCAGCAGUCGAUACGUCUGCAACUGAUCUACUUCCAUUCAGUGAAUCAAAAUCUGAUGAAGAGAAAAUUAUAGACAAGCAUAUCGAUAUUGUUCAACAGCAAACAGAUUUGCCAGUCAAAGAAACAAGUCCGUCUGUAAGUGUGACUGAAUCAUCGAAGAAUACCAGAAAACAUGUUACAUGGGAUGAAACAGUUGUGGACAAUGAAGAUGGCGAAAGUUCAUCGAGCGAAAGUGUCACCGAUGAAAGCAGUACUUCCGAAACUUCAAUCGCAGUAACACCGGUAGAGAAUGGCACAGCUGAAACUAUCGACAGCAAAGGCAUCACUGCAUCGGAAUCAAACAUUAAUGUCGACCAACAAGUAACAUCUUCAGAUGUUGCUGAACCACAGCUGACUUCAGAUGAAACAAUCAGUCUAUCGAAGCCUUUAGAAUUAUCAUCUACAUUAUCAAGUGCAGAUAAUCAAUCACUUGCUGUAGUAGACUCAACCGAUUUACAGGUCGUUUCUACUGAGCAACUAGUCCAUGCAUCAUACUGUCCAAAUGAUCAGGAAAAUCUACAAGCAACAGUUCCUAACGAACAAAAAAUUAUUCCAUCUGAUUCUAUUGAUCGAGAAGCAAGAUCUUGCAGUCCUGGUGAAGCUUCAUCAAUUGUCUCAGAUUCUACAAGUCAAGAAAUCACUUUGUCAGAUGUGACUGAAUCACAAUUGAGUCUCAAUGAACAGCACGUUCAUACAAUAGCAAAUUCAACUGAUGAACAAUCGAUAUCAACUACAGAUUCAUCAAAAGAAGAUACGUUUACCGUUGAUGAAAUAUCGACAACAAAUUCAGAUAUUACAACUAAUGAAGAUAUUGGUAAACUUGCAGAAGAAGUAGCAAUAGAUUUUUAUAACGUGGAAACUUCUGCGCCACUCGUAGAAAUCAUACCACAAAAACCUGAAACAUCUAUUAUCGAUAGUACAACUCUAUCAUUACAACCCACAAUUGUAAGUGCGAUCGACACACUUGCAGAUACAGUUACUAGUCGCUAUAUUAGUAGCGAUGUAUAUCAUGGCUAUUUAGGUGAACAUAAGAAAUUUUUACAAGAUACAUCGGUUAUUGAUAAUAACAGUACUGCAGAAUCACUUAUCGCUUCACUUCGUGAAACUCUCAUCACACCAACGACACCGCUGAUUGAAACAAUUAAAGAUGUUGUUUCCAGUAUGCAAACAACAACAUAUUCAUACAAGAUUGAAAGUGAAAUUACACAACCUUCUCAAGAUGAUGCAAAUCUAGCAACUGCAGUGGCUGACGAAUUACCAGAAGAUUACACCUAUGAUGGAACUCUAGUUGAAAAGAAUCAAUUUACAAUAGAUAAUUCAGAACAACUAAAAGCAGCAUUUGAAAGUCUUCGUCAAACAGCUAUUGCACCUAUUGCAGUGAUAACCGAAACUAUUCAAGCAUCAAUGUCAAGCAAUCGGUCAGACAAUCAAGAAAUAUCAUCUUCCCCAAAUACAGCGCAGCUAGCUACAACAAAUCUUGAAGGAAAAGGUUCUAUCGUUGAAAUAGAAUCAUCUUCCGGCGAACAGACAAAUGAUAAUGCAAAUAAAGACAUAUCGUUUGUAGCUAUCGAUAAUAUUCACGGAAAUGUUUCGCAAACCAUUACUGAAACAAGUCAAAAUGUAGUAACGACGAUUACAUUAUCAACUGAUACACAUACAGAAGGAGAGACAAUUGUCCAACAAGAAAAGCCCGAAGGUCAAUCUAUUGAAGAUAGUACUGCAGUAUAUUCUCUAACUGAAGAAACCAAAGCUGGUGAUAGAGAAUUAUCGAAUCAUUUUCUUGCUGACAGUAUAGUUCCCACUUCAUUAGAUACUACUGGCAUUAUCGCUGAAUCAUUGAAUGAACAAAAAGAAAAUCAACAAACAGUGUUGAUAGAAUCCUCAUCAUUGGAAAUUCUGGAAUCCACUUCUGUUGUACAAAAGUCAGAGGGCACCACAGCUGAAACUAUUGAGUUUACCCCAGUAAAUCAAAACGAGGAGCCACUAGCAAUGUCUAGUCCUGUAGCAGUAGAACAAGCAGAUGCUUCUAAUAAACAAGAAACAACAUCUGUUGAUCACUCAACAGACGAAAAAACUAGUGCGUACGCUUUAUCAACAAUGCGCACGGAUCAUGCUGAACAAAUUUCUGUAUCUACUUCUACUCCAUCUGAACAAUUAGAUGUUACAGUUGCACCAGAAAUAAGUGAAGCUAAAACAUCAAAUGAAAUAACUACUGAACAUAGUUCUGGCUCAAAUGAGUCAAUAGAAACAAAAACUACCUUCGAAACUUUUCAUGAUGUGAUUACACAUCCAUUCGAAACAAUUACGGGGAAAAUUCAAAGUGUGAUAUCUACUUCAAUCGAUGAGCAAACAUCUGUCAAUGCUGAAAAGUCGUCUGUUGGCAAAUCGGAAGAAGUAGAAGUUUCAAAAGAGCAUCAGAUUGCUGAAACAGAAAAUCUUGCUAUUGACGAGCAAACGGUCGAGUCCUCUGAAACGAAAAGUACUUUCGAAAAUAUAAGUGACUUUGUUAGACAUCCAAGAACUACAAUUACUGAAGAAAUUCAAAGUGUUCUCACUUCUUCGACUACUGAAGAAGUUCCAUCAUUAGAACAACAGACUUCCAUAAUUACGACUGAUCAAAAGAAAGAUGAAGAUAUCUUAUCAACAGCAAUGGAAUCAAAUUUCGAAACGAGUCUAGAUACGAUUACAAAAUCAUCAACAAUAACGAAUGAAACAGUGCAAGACAUCGUAUUAAAUAGCACUGAACAAACUUCUUCACCUGAAGAAAAAGAACAAAUAUCAACAAUUCAGCAAACUCGGUCAUAUGUGCAAGAUCAAGUUCAAGGUGAAUAUGAAGCACGUCCAACAACAGUAUCAUCUCAAAUUUUUGAGGAUGAAAAACAAGAAUCUCAAAAUGAACGUACUGUAGAUGACAACAUCGAAAAUAUUGUUUCACAACAUGAAAUUAGUGCUGAUGCAAAUAAUCAUCUCCCUAAUGCUAUUCAUAGUUUAAUCAGUGAUAUUAUUAGCAAAGUUUUACAGCGAUUAAGCGAAUCUUCUCAUGAUAUCGGGCAGAUAGUUGAAGAAAACUCGUCUUCUGGUAGUGGUCUCACUAGUCCAAUAACUGUCAUCAAUAGUGAAGAUCGAUCUGAAAGCAGUCAAUCAACAUUAAGUCAACAGACAAUAAAAAAUGAAGACGAUACGUUUGAUAACAAAAUUUCGUCAUCUGAAAUAACUUGGGAAAAUCUAUUAGAUGAAAAAUCUUCGGAUGAAACAAUUGAUCAAUCAUUUGAAGAAAUGAAACGGUUACUUGAAGACGUUGUUCAAUCAUCGAAUGAUAUCACUGUAGAGAUCAUAGAAAACAAAACAACAAUUACGCUACCAAAUCAUAUCCAAUCUGCACCAAUUAUUGAAAGUGAAUCUCAGCAAACAAUAAUUAAACCUCAAAUUGAUUAUAUUAUGGUACAAUCAAGUGUUCCUAUGGAAUCAGAUUCGGCUUCAGAAAUUACAGAAAUUGAAAAUGUUUCAUCAAAACUAUCAUCUAAUUUUCAUGAUUCAUCUCCUACAAAUACGGAAGACGAUUCUCUUGAAUUAAUUCAUGCUUUACAAGGACAUAGUAUCAUUCAUCCUUCUUCAACAUUUAUUGAAGUACAGCCCAGUACAACUAAUCAAUCAUCUCUAUCAACUUCUCAUAUAGAGAAAAUCGAUGUACAAUCUGCAUCGAAACCAGAGAGAUCUGCAAGUUCUACCACAACAUCAUCACAAAUAACAAGUUCAGAUCGAUAUGUUUCAUAUGCCAUUCAUGAAAUGGGCGAUUCAUCUCAAGAACGUCUACCAUCGUUUCCCCUAGUAGCUGACAUGCCAGUCUACGAGCCAGGCAAAACGACAUCUGACGGCGCUAAAGACGAACAAAUUCAAUCCGAAUUAAAUGCUAACAUUAAUCGAAUCAUAACAAAAGACGAUGAUCUAACUGAGUUCGAUGCAACAGAAAAUUUAACCUAUUCCGAUGAUGUACUUUUACAAAAACUUCAUGCAUCAGCACCAAAUAGAGAGAAAAAUCUCGAUGCUAGUAGUACUGAUGACGAUGUUGAUGAUGCAAAUUUUAAUGAACUAGAAAAUAAUGAUGUUUCAAAUCUUCAUCGUGUUAUGGAUGAAAUGAAUCAACAUCAUGAAAGUGUAUCGCAAGGACUCGAACAAAUUUAUCAACGUUAUGAUAUUUCAAAUAGUAGUUCAACAUCAACGAAACCAACUACAGACGAUGUUUAUAUAAUACCAGGAUAUUCUGGUUUAUGGAGAUCAUCAGUUAAUGAUACUCGAGAAUCGUCAUCGGCUAAUGAUGCUGAUGACGAAGAUGAUAGAAAACAAUCUACUACAACCGUAAAAACUCGAACAAUUGUACGAACAUCAGACCCCAAUAAACUUCAAUCACUUUUACAAACACAUCAAGAGAUAACCAGUCACGAUACACCACCAGUUCGAACAGAUACAUAUGAUGUAUUUAAUCGACCAUUGAAUGAAUUUUCAUUUGAUAUGUCAGAAUCGGAUAGUUUUAAAACCUGUGCAUCAACAAUAACGUCUUCAGUUACAUCGAAACAAUUCAAGCAAUCAGAUUUAUUUAAUACGCCAAUAUCGGAACAAGACGAACAACAACGCCUAUCAAGUCCGGAUGAAAAAAUAAUUCUUAUACGCGAAUGUGAACGCGGUAUUUCAUUACCAGCUACAAUGAAAAUACAAUUUGAUGAUAUGGCAUUACGUCUAUCAGCAUCGACACCAAUCGAUGCUGCAUUAUAUUCAACUACACAAACAGAUCUACCAUCACCAUCAACAUUAAGUGAACCAAUGCAAAAGACAAUUUCCAGUUGUCAUACGAGUACAACAUCAUUAAGUAGCAACGAAAGUGAAAAGCAAAAACUGCCAUCACAGUCAUGGUUAAACACUACUAAUACCAUUACUGCAACCAAUGAAGGACCUGAUGGACGUAAGUAA